AUGGCCACCGUCACCAUUGGGCUGAAUUCAGGUUGGCAAUGCAGACAGUCUGACGAUAUCUCUGAGAACGCAUGGCUUCCGGUAUCGAAGGUGCCAACCACAACCCAUCUCGUUCUGCAAGAAAAUGGGAAGAUUCCGGACCCCUUUAUCGACAUGAAUGAGCUCGCUGUCCGAUGGGUUGCAGAGAAGUCGUGGACCUACAGGACAGUUUUCACCUCCCCAACAACCAGACAGCCCGACGCAAGGACGGACUUGGUGUUUGAAGGCCUCGACACCUUCGCGACGGUAACUCUCAACGGCCACAAAAUCCUGGAAGCAGACAAUAUGUUCCUUGAAUACCGGGUUGACGUGACACACUUUCUCCUACCACCAUCUUCCAAAAAUGCGCCCACCGAGCCAAAUGUACUGGAAAUCGUCUUUGACUCAGCCCUCCUUCGUGGCCGUGAGCUUGUCAAACAGCACUCGCAUGAACACAAUUUCAUCGCUCAUCAGACCGAGUCGAGUAGGCUUCCUGUGCGGAAAGCACAGUGUCACUGGGGCUGGGACUGGGGUCCUAUUCUGAUCACUUCUGGGCCCUGGAAGCGUGUUCUCCUGGAAACAUACGUUGUUAGAAUUGAUGACGUCUGGUUUGAAGGAUCGGUAAGUGAAAACUUGAGCAUGGUGAAGGGGAAGUUGUUUGCCAGUGUUGGUGGCGGAAAUAGGAAGGCAGGGGAAGAGAGUGUCGUCAAGCUGUCAUUAUCUCUUAACAGCAAGGUCCUGCAUGAGUCAGAGGCACACAUCGACAAGGAGGGCAUUGCCGUGACUGAAUUCCAACUCGAACGUCCUGCUCUCUGGUAUCCUUAUGGUUAUGGCAAACAGUGUCUCUACGAGCUCCAAGCAACAUUAUCCACGACAGGGACCGACCCGGUCUCCAAAUCACGAUUGAUCGGCUUUCGACGCUGUGAACUCAUCCAGGAGCCCGAUGAAUUUGGCAAAUCAUUCUAUUUCCGCAUUAACAACGUCGACGUUUUUGCAGGCGGCUCUUGCUGGAUUCCAGCGGAUUCUUUCCUCCCAAGGAUCGGAGAGAACGGGUAUCGGAAGUGGAUGGAAUUGAUGAUCGAGGGCAACCAGAUCAUGACCAGAGUCUGGGGCGGAGGAAUAUACGAGGACGACUCGUUCUACGCUGCCUGCGAUACUCUGGGCAUCCUUGUCUGGCAGGACUUCUGCUUCGCGUGCGCUAGCUACCCGACCUACCCUUCUUUCCUCGCCCAAGUCGAAGAGGAGGCGCGCUUCAAUAUCCGCCGUCUGCGCUCCCACCCUUCGCUGGCCAUCUGGGCCGGGAACAACGAGGACUAUCAGAUUCAGGAGAAACAUAACCUGGAGUACGACUAUGAGGGCGACAAGGACCCGCAGUCGUGGCUCAAGACCAGCUUUCCGGCUAGGUAUAUCUACGAGUAUCUUCUGCCCAAGGUGGUGCAGGAGGAAAGUCCAGGCGCGGUGUAUCACCCAAGCAGUCCCUGGGGUGAUGGGAAGAAGACCUGGGAUCCGACGGUGGGAGAUAUUCAUCAAUGGAAUGUCUGGCAUGGCUCUAUGCGCCGGUAUCAAGAGCUCCCCACGAUGGGCGGGCGCUUGGUGAGCGAAUUCGGCAUGGAAGCCUACCCACACGUCUCGACCAUCGUGUCUGCCAUUGCGACAGAUCCACAGCAACAAUACCCCGGCAGCAUGACCAUGGACUACCACAACCGAGCCAUUGACCACGAACGACGCCUCCUGACGUAUGUGGCCGAGAACUUCCAAAUCAAAUAUGACCUGGCGACAUUUACGCACCUGACCCAAGUAAUGCAGUCGGACGCGGUGGGUUUCGCGUAUCGCUCGUGGCGCCGCGAAUGGGGCUCCUCUCUCACACCGUCGACAGGACAGAAGAAGAAGGCGGUGAGAAAAUGCGGUGGUGUCCUCGUCUGGCAGUUCAACGAUACCUGGCCGACCAUGUCCUGGGCCGUGGUCGACUACUACCGUGUGAAAAAGCCGGCCUUUUACGCCAUCAAGCGCUCGCUGAAGCCGCUGGCCGUCGGGGUGAGCAGGCCCUUUCACGAGUGGACCUCGGGCCACAUGGACCCGACAGCUGCGAUCAGGGAGACGAAAUUCGAUCUGUGGGUGUGCAGUUCUCACACAAAUGAGGACGUGGUCGUCAAGGCGACCGUGGUUGUGCGGGCCAUUUCCAUCAAGACGGGCCGCGACGUGGUCGAUCCGAUCAGGAAGCACGAUGUCACGGUCCAGGCGAACGGCACGACCGAGAUAUUUCGCGGAAGUGAAUUACCCAUCACCACCACCACCACCACCACGACGGCAGGGUCGUCUUGCAUUGACACACGCACAUGGGACCCCUACGUCAUCCACGCCGCGCUCCUCGUGGACGGCCGCGUCGUCAGCACCGACACCGCCUGGCCCCACCCGAUCAAGUACCUCGACUUUUCUGCGCCGCGGGAUGUCAAGGUCGACUUCAAACCCUCGCCGGCGCAGAAUGAUAAGCACGGAGUGAUCACCGUGACAGCUACAAAACCCGUGCAUGGCUUCGUGUUCCAGGAGGAGAAGGGCGGGUUGACGUUUAGUGACAACGGCUUCGAUGUCGUGCCGGGGGAGGAUGUCGUCGUCCAUGUCGUCGGCGGAAGUCUAAAGGAGGAGGAGCUCCGGUGGACUUAUAUCGGGGCUUCCGGGGGUUCAUCCUCUUAA